AUGUUUGGAUUAGAAAUAAAUAAAUUAGCUGAUUUACUUAAACAUUCUGAUCCGAAUCGAGCUGAUUCUGAUAGCGAUGAGGAUCAGCCAAAGAAAAAUCCAACAGCUCAUUUAACUCCUGCGAGUAUGGUUUCACAAGCUCAAACAACUUCUAAAACUAUUGAGAAUACAACUUCCGAUACUCCAAAAAAACCUUCAAAUGUUAAAUCAAAAGAUAUUUGGCAACUCGAUGAAGUGCCUGAUAGUAAUGUGCAGGUUGCUGAUGAAGUAGACAAACGACCACAACCAGAAUAUGAAAUGCAUUAUAAACAACGAAUCACAACAGAAGAUGUCUUUCUUCAAAUGGGUAAUAAAAACCCAUCAUCGGCUAGUUGUGAAGAUCUUGCGGUUAAUAUUCAAUUGCCCGAUACAAAAUUGAGUGAUAUUGUUUUGGAUAUAACAAAAUCAUUUCUUGACUGCCGUUGUCCAAAAUAUCGUCUGGCAUUAUCAUUGCCGCAUCCUGUUGAUCCUGAUAAUUCUCAAGCAAAAUGGGAUAAAGAUAAAUGUUUACUUCAAAUCACAUUAAAACUUGUUCGAGAAUAUGAUGAUUUCAAUUUUUAA